CCAGAGAGCGUGAGACGCAGUGCACGGCUCCCGAGAGGCAGUGGAUCCAGGAUGUGGCUGUCCGGACUGUGCUGCGCCGCGGCCCUGCUGGGCCUGGUGGCGCCGUCGACGUCCCAGCUGGUCGGAGCCUUCAUGGACACCUCGCUGGAACCGCAGAAGCUGGCGAAACUCAUCGCCAUCGCCGAGGAGGAAGUGAACCGGGAACUCGAGGACGAGCCGAAUCUGGUCAAGGUCGUUCGGGUGCUCCGGACGAGGUCGCAGGUCGUGACCGGGGUCAACUACAGGCUCAGAGUCAGGGUGGGGAAGACGAGAUGCGAGAAGGGCGAGGUCAGGGCGAUGGAGGUCUGCGAUGUCAAGCCGGGUCAGAGGUCGAGGGUCUGCGACGUCGUCGUCUACCAACGGCCUUGGGACGAUUUCAGCCGGGUCACUCGAGUCAGAUGUUUGUGAUCGUUUACUUAAUAAAGGUGCGGUUCUCCUCUCGCUGCAA